AUGUCUAUCCUAGAAUGUCUAUCUAGCCUUUUGGGCUUCUCUAAAGCCCCUUUGCCGCCGGGGGCUGUGUUGGCAGCAACUGUGACUAUGCCAGCAUCACUUGGCUUCGUACCCGUAGCCAUUCAUUUUGACAUCUUUGGAACCUUGGUCCGUCUAGGAGAACCCACGACGGCUGAAGACGUGGCCAAGGCCGUCAAUGCAAAAAUCAAGGUUCGAUCGAGUAACGAACCCGAGAUUUGUACCAGACUUGCAUCGGACACGCUUUACAUCAUGGCUGGUCUGGGCCUGGUGGAUCGCGUGGAAGAAGACCGUUUCAAUGCUAAUGCCAUCACCCGACACAUGGUUGAUAUGCCCUCCUCGCAGCAUGGAGCAAUCCACUUCACCACCGAAGGCAUGAUGGCAGGCGCCUUUAUGAUGAAGAAACUGCAAGAUACGAACUUCAGCUAUCCAUUCGCCGAAGCGGAUGGUCCGAUUCAGUAUGCCUAUCGGCUGAUGGGUGAAGAGAAGUUAGCCAAAGAACACACUUAUUCCAUAAUGGAGGCCCAAGGACGUAUGGACAGCUUCAACCAGUUCAUGGUGGGCAAGUUCCUCAAAUUUGGCACAUUCCCUGAACGCGCUCGGUCAAAUGGGUAUGAUCUUCAAGCAGCUUUGAGCGGACCUGGAUCAAUUGCCAUGGUGGACAUCGGUGGUGGGCGUGGUGAGCUUCUACUGGAGGUUCAGGCUGCCUUUCCCCGUCUCGAACCAGAGGGUUUGGUGGUGCAGGAGUUUAAUGCGGCUAUCGAAGACGUACCAGGUGUACGCUUUAUGGAAUGGAACUACAAGGUGACUCCCGAGCAGCCCAUCACUGGCGCUCGGAUCUAUUCUCUACAGCAUAUACUACACAAUUUGCCUGAUCUAGAUGCAGUGUCGCUACUGCAGAAACUAUCGCGCGCCAUGUCGUCCUCAUCUCGCUUGUUGAUUAUCGAGUACGCCAAGAAUAUGACCUAUACAUCGCUUCAUGCCAAUAUGAUUGCGCUGUACGGAGGUAGGGAGCGCAGUCCAGCCGAGUGGAGACAAAUAGCUGAAGUAUGUGACUUGAAAGUGACAUUUGAGGCAUACGAACAGGGAGGGGAGUCUUUAGUAGAGAUGCAGAAAUUUCAGAUCUAG